GAACACCGUGGAUUACUUUAGGAACGUUCAUAAUUUUGGAGACGUUGGAUAACUGCCGUAAAGUGCCAGUAGAGGGGAUACUCGAUUAAGUAGAGCCUUGGAGAGUUUUGAGGUUAUAAAAGACCUUUUGGAAGAAAGUAACGGCAGUACCGAAGGCUAUUAAAAUAUUUUCCAGCAACGUGAAAACAUCUUCCUCAUCAAGGAAUACACAGCUAUGAAAUUGGUUAUGUGAGAAGCAAGACGUUCUCGCGAGUGAAUUCUAUGUCAAUAACAUGUCGGUUCCAAAUAUCGUUAGGGUAAUGCGGGUGCAUAGGCUGGCGGAUUUGGAUGUCUGACAAAUAUUUAUGAAUGUAUGGGAUGAUUUAUUGAUAUUUACGUUUGAACAUGGUGAAGGAGAAGCCAAAUUCAAUCCGUAUCUACGAUUCGGAGGGUUAUAGGCGCAGAGCUGCAUGCAUCUGCGUCAAGAACGAUCUCGAGGAUGAGGUUCUUUUGGUUACGUCCAGUCGAAGGCCUGAUAGUUGGAUUGUACCUGGUGGUGGUGUAGAGCCUGAGGAAGAACCAGCAGUUACUGCACUUCGAGAAGUCAGAGAGGAGGCUGGUGUACUAGGACAAUUGGGUCGUUGUCUUGGCAUAUUUGAGAAUGUGGAACACAAACAUAGAACACAGGUAUGGGUAAUGCGGGUAACCGAGGAGCUGCCAGAAUGGGAAGAUUCACGUGCUAUCGGUCGGAAACGGAAAUGGUUCUCUAUAUCAGAGGCUCUGCUUCAACUGGCAAAGCACAAGCCCGUCCAGCGCUCGUAUUUACAUAGCCUCCACAAUACUAAUCCACGGCAUAAUCCUAAUAUUCCACCAUCUCACCAACUAUUCAAGUGAUAAAUAUUUCUAGCAACAAUAUCCAUUUUAAUAAACACAGUUAAUAUCACACGCCACUCAUUUGCAAAAGCAAAUGUCAUUGAGAUUUGAUCUAUUUGCUGCUACUUUACCUCUUCUCCUAAAGGGAUUACAAUUAAUAUCAUUGUAUUUUAUACGUAAAAUAAUAUUAUACUUACUGUCCUUAUUAUUAUGUUUAUUCAUAUAGAUUGUGUUAAUAAACUGGUCCAUAAAGGAGCAGUUUCACUAAUUUGAUUUCCUAUUGUUGAUAAAAAUUUUAUAAUAAAACAUUUUAAGGAU